AUGCAGUUCCAGUGUGACGUAAACCGGCUCCAGUGGAUUGACCAAUGGGAAUGCGCCACAUGGAUGGGAUGUUUAGUCUCAAACUCAGACACACUGACAGCUAACUUCUUGGACAGCGGUGGACGCGAUUCACUUCCUAAGCUCCUUGAAGUGCUGUCAAAAUGUUUGAAAGGCAGCUAUCACCAAUCAUCAGAAAGUAUAGCUGUAAUGUCUGUAGAUUUGGGCAACCAGUUCAUGAAGAUUGCAAUUGUCAAGCCUGGUGUACCCAUGGAAAUAGUAUUAAACCUAGAAUCUAAACGAAAAACUGCCUCCUUGGUUGCUUUACGAAAUGAAAGGGAAUUUUCUGACAUGGCUCAGACAACACAAGUACGGUUUCCAUUGACUGCUUACUGGUACCUCCUUGAUGUCAUUGGCAAACAGUUUGAGGAUCCAGCUGUAGCAAAAUAUCAAAAACGUUUUCCAUACUAUACACUGGUGAGGGAUGAAAAUAGAGGAACAGUGCUGUUUAAAAUAAAUGGUGAAACAUUUUACAGUCCAGAAGAGUUGCUGGCUAUGUUGCUUGAAUAUUGCAAACAUUUGGCGGAAGAAUUCGCUGAACAACCAAUCAAAGAUGCUGUAGUAACUGUGCCACCACAUUUCAAUCAGGCAGAAAGAAAGGCUGUGAGAGAUGCUGCUCAGAUUGCAGGCUUAAACUUACUUCAACUGAUGAGUGACAAUGCAGCAGUGGCUUUGAAUUACGGAGUUUUCCGAAGAAAAGAUUUUGACUCUAAACCCCAAUACAUUAUGUUUUAUGACAUGGGUGCAAGCUAUACAUCAGCAACAAUUGUUGGUUACAUGCUACAGAAAAGUAAAGAGGGCUCACGUGUGGAAUCAAACCCCCAACUGACAAUUCAUGGGGUUGCAUUUGAUAAUACAUUGGGUGGCCUGGAAAUGACUCUCCGGUUACAAAAGUAUUUUGCUGAUGAAUUCAAUAAGCAAAAGCAAACAAAGACAGAUGUUUACACAAAUCUACGAAGCAUGGCAAAACUUUUUAAAGAAGCUGAGCGUGUGAAGAUGGUGCUCAGUGCCAAUUCAGAACAUUAUGCUCAAAUUGAAAACUUGUUAGAAGAAAAAGACUUUCGUUUACUGGUGACACGAAACCAUAUUGAAAAACUUUUUGCAGACUUGUUUGAUAGAGUUGUGAUUCCAGUACAAAAAGUGAUAGAAAGUUCAGGAAUAUCAUUGAGUGAAAUUGGUGAUGUCAUAUUGAUGGGUGGGUGCACACGUAUACCCAAAGUGCAAGAGAUGCUUCUGAAGUUCUUGAAGCGUAAUGAACUUGGAAAGAGCAUUAAUACUGAUGAGGCAGCAGCCAUGGGGGCUGUGUAUCAGGCUGCCCAUCUUAGCCAAGGAUUUAAAGUAAAGAAGUUUUUGGUCAAGGAGGCAACUGUUUACCCCAUCAUUGUGGAGUUUCAACGACAAAGACCAAAUGAAGAUGGUUCAAGUUCAUCAAAGAGUGUCAAGAGAACAUUGUUUGGUCGAAAUAAUGCUUACCCAAUUAAGAAAGUAAUGACCUUCAAUAAACAUAACAAUGAUUUCAACUUUGGUGUUAGCUAUGGAGAUCUUGAUUUCCUUGAUCCAGAGCAUAGGAAGUCUUUCAGCUCCUUGAUACUACAGAAUAUCACUUUGACUGGUGUAGGUGAUGCACAUUCUAAACAUGCAUCCAAUGCAGAAUACAAAGGUGUCCGUGCACAUUUCCGUAUGGAUGAAAGUGGAUUGUUGCACUUGGAUGGAGCUGAGUCUGUUUUUGAAAAAUCACCAGAAGGUGAUGAAAAGGAGGAAUCAGCUUGGUCCAAACUUGGAAAUACUCUGAGUGGAUUUUUCCGGGGUAAACAAGAUGAAAAUGCUGAAGGCGCCAUAACACCUGAAGAGGGAACUGAUAGCAAAUCCUCCUCACCAGAGGCUGAUGCCACUCAAACUGCAGGAGAUACUUCAAGUACAGCAGGACAGGAAGAUAAGACUGCAACCAAGGAAGAAAAGAUUGAGAAACCUGCUGGGAAGGCAGAAGAGAAGAGUGAAAAGUCAUCUGAGCAAGAGAAGAGUGAAAAACCUGAAAGUAACAAAGAAAAAGUUAAUGAGGGAACCGCAAAACCUGAUGCUACAAACCAGACCAAUACCACUCAGGAUAAAGCUGAGGCUAUAAAAGCUAAGAAACCCACUAUUUUAAAAGAAAAUUUGAAGAUUGAUAUUGCUCUUAUGGAUUUAGUGCCAAUGCCUGAAGGAACAAUGAAAGCCUCCAAAAAUCGUUUAGCCUUGUUAAAACAGAAAGAUGAAGAAAAGAAAGCUUUAGAGCGAUCCAAAAAUGAACUUGAGGCAUUCAUUUUUGACAUUCAAGAUAAAUUGGCACAAGAUGAUUACAUAAAAUGUUCGACUGAAGAACAAAGAGAAAUUAUCAGCAAAAAAUGUUCAGAGGCUUCAGACUGGUUAUAUGAACAGGGAGAUGAUACCCCAACAAAGGAAUAUGUAGAUAAAUUACAUGUAUUAGUGGAGUCAACAAAGGACCUUAAGAUGCGUGUCAAAGAAAUACUAGAACGACCAGAAGCUCUGGAGGCUUUGAGAAAUAUGUUAAAUCAAUCUGAAUAUUUCCUCAAGUCUGUCCGUAACCUUACCCUUGGAGAUGACCCUGUGUUCACUCUGGUUGAGGCUAAUACCCUUGGCAAGCUGAUCAAUGAGACCUAUGCAUGGCGUGACAAUAUGAUAGCAGAACAAGCAAAGACACCAAACUAUGAAAAACCAAAACUGCUGGUUGAGGACAUUGCCCUCAAGAUCCGUGAUUUGGACAGAGAAGUUAAUUAUCUUUUGUACAAAGCCAAGAGCUACAAGGCAAAACCAAAGACAAAACCUCAAGAAAAGAGUAACACAACAAAUUCCACAGACAAAGCAGACUCUACAAAGAAACCUAAAGCAGAAAAUGAAACAAAAGAUUCUGCAUCAACUGAAGAGCCUUCCUCUCCAAAAGUUGAUUCCUCACCUAGUGUGGAACCUAAGAAUGAGCAAGAAGAAGUUGUAAUGAGUGACACAGAAAGUGCCAAACCAACAGAAAAAAAUAGCAAAAAAGAACCGAGCAAAGAAAGUCCUUCACAGAGAAAUAAUGGAGAAUUGUAA